AACCCACACUGCGCGUGGGGACAUGUGCAAUUACAACAAGAGCCGGCGUAUCGUGUCGUGACUUGUCCCCGCAUUCUCCACUCAACCGAAGCAAAAGCUCAUCAACUUUGUAAGAAAAAGAGAGAAAGCAUCUUCUUGUUCCAAGCUCUUAACGUGACUAUCCAUAAUUAGGCACAGAGAGAGAGAGAGAGAUAGUGAGAUCCGCCAUGACCAAAGAAAGAGAGGACUUUGUUUACAUCGCCAAGCUUGCUGAGCAAGCUGAACGCUACGAAGAAAUGGUUGAUGCUAUGAAGAAAGUGGCGAAUCUGGACGUAGAACUGACGGUAGAGGAGCGAAAUCUUCUCUCAGUUGGGUACAAGAACAUGAUUGGUGCAGGUAGAGCGUCUUGGAGGAUUCUCUUAUCAAUUGAGCAAAAAGAAGAGACAAAAGGGAAAGAUCAGAAUGUCAAAAUUACUAAGGCGUAUAGGCAAAAGGUAGAAAGUGAGUUAACGAAUAUUUGCACUGACAUUAUGUGUGUGCUUGAUGAGCAUUUGAUUCCAUCCUGCAAGGGCGGUGAAUCCACUGUGUUCUAUUAUAAAAUGAAAGGAGAUUAUUUUAGGUAUUUGGCUGAGUUCAAGGCUGGUGAGGAAAAGAAAGAGGUUGCUGAGCAGUCAAUGAAAGCAUAUCAGACAGCCUCCACGACAGCAGAAGCUGAAUUAUCUCCUACCCAUCCCAUCAGACUGGGUUUGGCCUUGAACUACUCAGUCUUUUAUUAUGAAAUUAUGAAUGAUCCUGAAAGGGCAUGCCACUUUGCAAAGCAGGCUUUUGAUGAAGCUAUUGUGGAAUUGGAUACAUUAAGUGAGGAAUCUUAUAAAGACAGCACUUUAAUUAUGCAGCUAUUACGAGACAACCUCACUUUGUGGAUUUCUGAUAUGCCAGAGGAUGGAGUGGAAGAUGCCCAGAAGAUGGACAUCUCUCAAUCUGGUGAUGGGCAAGAGUAAAAAAACAGAGGUUUGUUGUUGUUGUUCUUUGUUUUUUCUCCCCUUGGUGAACUACCUAGUUACCUGGUACCUGUAGCAUGCUGGCAAAGAAGUUGUAAUGCCUCCAUAACUCUCAGAUGUUCUUGCUCAGUUUUCCAGAAACAACAUUCAAGUACUAUUGGCCUAUUUCUGUUAUAUGGGUAUCUACUUGUGUUGAUCAAAUUCAAAAAUAUUGAUGAAACUGCUUUAGGAAGACUGGUUUACCUCUUAA